AUGGCUUGUCAAGAGGAAUCCAUGUCUCAUAUGGUUCAUUUAGUAAAUAAUGAGCGUAGAAAAGCUGGUGUUAGGGAUCUGGUGUGGGAUUCUCGUCUAGCAAAGGCCGCUCAGGAUCAAUGCAAUUAUAUGGCAUCAUACGGUUUGACGCAUGAAAAUCAUAUAUCCGGUAGCAUUGGGACUAGGGUUAGUGCUCACCAUUUUUUGUGGUCUGGCUGUGCUGAAAAUAUAGCACACGGACAUGAAGAUGCAAAUGCAGCUAUAAGAGGAUGGUUAAACUCUGAAGGCCAUAGAAAAAAUAUGCUUAAUCCAAAUUAUACUCAUUUUGGGGCUGGAUUUUUGAAUGGUUAUUGGGCUCAGGUCUUUGGACGUGAAAUGUAG